GCGGCAUUAUUCUUGCUGACUUCAUAACGGUGUUUCUUCCGGGAUCACCGUCAUCACUCCGCUACGGAGGUGUCCUUACUGGCAGCUAAUUGUUAAUCUGUAUUUAAACGGACCUAAUUUAAUACAAUUCACGACUGGAGUAGUAUCGCACAUCUGAAAUAUGAAGGGAAUGAAACCGCACCUCAUUCUGUUGCUGCUCUUCGCGUCUUUGCUUUGUGCAGAGACGGCCAGAAGCCGGAAAGAUUCCACCAACCAGAAUAGUUUCAGAAGGGCGGCUAACGGAUUCUACCAAAUGUUAAGCAAUAUUUUUGGAGAGGACAACAUCAGAGGUCUUUACAAGUUCUUCUCCAAGACGACGGAACGCUUUGUCCAUGGCGUCGACUCUUUCCUGGACACUAUUUGGAAGAUGUGGACAGAUCUGUUGGAUGUGAUGGGCAUUGAUGCCUCCAACCUGAGCCACUACUUCAGCCCAACGUCUUUGACAAACUCCCCGGCUCGUGCCCUGCUCCUAGUGGCUGCUGUGUUGGUGGCUUACUGGUUCCUCUCCCUGUUUCUGGGGGGAUUCUUCUACCUGCUGCACAUCGUAUUUGGCCGCUUCUUCUGGCUGGCCCGAGUUACACUCUUUGCCCUCUCUUGCCUGUAUAUCUUGCAGAAGUUUGAGGGGGACCCCGAGCGUGCUGUGCUCCCUCUCUGCUUCGUAAUGGCUGUGUACUUCAUGACGGGGCCUGUGGGGGCGUACUGGCGUAGAGGUGGGGGUACUGCCUCUCUGGAGGAGAAGAUCAAUCACCUGGACACCCAGAUCCGCUUGCUCAACAUCCGGCUGAGCAGGGUCAUCGACAGCCUGGAGCGCGCCGGGGAGAAGUAGAGCUGACCCCACACACCCACCGCUGACAACGGCUGUAUCCAUAGGGUGGCUGGAGGUUUGGGUGUAUAAGGGCAGGAAAAUCUAAGCAGAUCGAGGCUUUCUGUUAUGAGAAAGAGCUUGUUUUUUAGUGUUAUUUUAUUUGUAUUUUUAUCCUGACUUGUUGAUAUUUUGUUAUAUUGUUUAACAACUGCUGAUGGUUGUUCUUUUUGGAAAUUGUGUUCAAUGAAAAAAUGGGAUGGAUGUUUGUUUUUGGGUAUGUGAUGGUGUCAUAGCGGGACCAGACACAACUGUAAGUAUUUCAUCCCAGUUAGCUCAGUAGUUAGUUGACCAAUGGCAGUUUUACUUAUUGCAUUUUUUCCGUCCUGACACUGAGAUGUAUAGUCAAAAAUAAUGUCACCAUUCCAUUGUAGCAGUAGGUCAUUCCUGGCGUAAUUCAGGACCUCUCUUUCUAUAUAAUGGACAUACUGUGUGUGUGUGCAAGCGUGUGCGUUUCAUGCAUGUGAAUCAUUGGAAAAGCACUGGGGAAAAAAAGUUAAGACUGGCGAAACCUGGGCAGGCACGAAAAUCUCAGGGAGAAAUUUUUAAAAAAGAAUAUCAAGAACAAUUAUGCGAAUAUACCCCACAUCAAUAUCAACUUAACCCUUUACACUCAUGGGAAUUGGCCUGUAUGGAUAGGGCUAAAUUGGUAGCAAUUGAAAGGGAACAGUUUGGAGAUUAGGGGAACAUGAUUAAGACAAGUUGAGGACACAAUAGUUCACAAGAAUGAAUCCAAACAAUACACUGUUGAUUUUAUGUGCAUUUUACAUUGACUGUACUUUUCACCCCAUUUGUUGAUAACGAAAUCUGAAAAUACUCUGGAUACAUUCAGUAACAUGAUGAGAAUAUUCCUGGAUAAAAAAAAUCCUCUCACUAAUAGGUCUUUUGACCAGGGAAACAGAUCAUAUUUUUGGUGCACAUAGAAAAGAGUCGUGUGUGUGUUCUUCAGCGAUAUUUUUUCUUCACAAUAGACAAACGGGCUCAUUUUGUUCAAAACAACCCAGGGUAUGACGCCAUGUCAUCUUGUAACUAUACAUCAAUGAAAGUGAUCAUAAACGGUGACACUGUAUAUAUUAGUUUAAUGAAAUGGAAAUGUGAAGUACACAUUUGGACUCACAGGUGUUUGGCUUGUAUCACAUCCGUGGUAUUUAUUCUGCUCCUCAAUGUCUCAUCUUUGAAAAUACAUAGAGUCCUCUUCAUUUACAGCAUUUCCCUCAGACAACAGAAAAAGCAGAAGUUGCCAAAUUAGUGGGAGGGAUGGUGACCACUUGUCGCUUGAGGUGCACAAGUUCAGAACAUCUGUCAGUCAAAACCCAUACAGAGCUGUGAAGCGCAGAGCCUGAGCUAUGAUGUCAUAUAUAGCAUGUUACUGUACAGUCACUGAGCUAUGAUGUCAUAUAUAACAUGUUACUGUAGUCACUGAGCUAUGAUGUCAUAUAUAACAUGUUACUGUACAGACACUGAGCUAUGAUGUAAUUUAUAGCACGUUACUCUACAGUCACUGAGCUAUGAUGUCAUUUAUAGCAUGUUACUGUACAGUCACUGAGCUAUGAUGUCAUCUAUAGCAUGUUACUGUACAGCCACUGAGCUAUGACGUCAUUUAUAGCAUGUUACUGUACAGCAACUGCGUUCCAAUUUAGGCGUUUAUCAGUGCCGAAAUCUGUCAUUUUCAACCCGUAUUAUAGGUGCGAGUGUAAAGGCCUACUAUGUUACAGUGACACUGAUUUUGUUGCACAGCCGUGUUUGAAUCGUGGCCAGCCAUCUGCAGAAGGAUGGAAGGUCUACCUUUUAUACUCGGGCUCAUCAUCCACAUUGAGAUAAGGGUGUUAAUGGUAGAAAUACCACAAUAAAGUAUAGUUAUAAUGGAAGCGUAUUAGUAGUUCCCAUAAAAACAUAAUUCUAUUUGCCGUGUGACAAGUCCUCCCUGUUUCAGUGGAUGGCACAUUAUGCAUGCCUAGACUAUAUCUGUAUUUGUUGUGAAUUUGGAUGCACUUUUUGGUCAUUCCUGCGUUGCAUAAUUGUACAUCGCAAAGUGUACGUUUUUAUAGGGCCAUAGUGUGUAAUAUCCUAAAAAAGGAAAUUUUAUCAUUUAACUCUAAUCUACUUUUGUGCUACAUUUUGAAUGUGUUUUCAUUAGAAUAAAUAUACAGUCCCAUAGAAGUCCAUUUUGUUGGGCGGGUGUUCAGUAAGUGGUUUGGUCUAGUUGGUGCCAGUUCAAAUGUUAUCAUUGGCUACCAUACCAUCUCUCCAGCCCCACCCCUCCAGAAGUGAACUUGUCUACACAAACGUAGUUUUGAUUAUGUACUGUAUAGCGUACGUGCUAUCCUAUAGCAAAAUGUUACAAUGUUGUAUUUGUUAAGUCAGUAUUUUAACAUUGUAAGCGUUGGAAAUAUUUAAGAAUUGAAUGAGUAUUAAAUGUGUAUUGAUUUGUAAAA